AUGCCGUCCUUCCCCAAGCUCUCCAAGUGCCGCGCCAGCUCCGUGCCCUCCGUGCUGCCGCGCUGGCUCUCGGGCAUCCGGCGCAGCAGCAGGAUGGACAGCAAGGGCCCGAGGGCCGACGUGGACGCGGACGGCAAGAGGCGGCAGCCUAGAGAGCGUCGACUGGCCACCUGCGACUCGGAGACCUCGACUGGCUCGACCUCCACGGCCUGCUCGACCCUGAGGGGCUCGAUGUCGAGCAACUCGACCAUGAGCAUCCCCAUCGACGAGGCCACGGAUGUGCCCUUCGACCUCUACCAUGACUUGAUGGUGGCCGCCAAGGAGGCCAAGUUGCGCGGGCAGCAUCAGAGGGUUCGACAGGGGAGCAAGGCGCGAGGCGACAGCAAGACCACGCUGGUGGCCACCGCGAUCAGCUGCGAGGAGAUGGGCCCGCUGUGA